AUGUCAAUUAGUAAAGUGUGUAGAGAUUUUGAUACUGUUGGGAAGUUUUUUCGCGAUGAAUUGAAAGAAUCUAAAUAUGAAUUUAAAAGUACAUUUUUUAAAGAAUACUGUCACAAUAAUUGUGAAAGUGAUAUCGAUAAAAUUAACGCUGGCUGUUUACAGUUAAUUAAUUAUUUUUUCAUUAAAUUGGGUUUUUCAGCUGAUUCCAAUACUCUUAAGAGUGAUGCAGUAUGCAUUAUAAUAUGGCUAGGUUAUAUUUUAAGCCUAAAGCCACCUGAUAAAAUCAACACAAUAAACGAUUUUUAUUCUAGUCAUAUAGAAAAUAACGAGGAGUACUCUAAGCAUAAAAUUAAUGAUGACAAAUAUAACAAUUAUAAGAAAAUCAUAGACGAAACAAAGGAAUAUAUGAAUAUUAAUAUUAGUAAUAUGCCUAAAUUUUAUAAAUUACUUAAAUUGUUAUGUAGUAUAAAUACUGCUUAUACGAAUAAAAAUAGUAGCCAAGCUUCAGAAUAUGCUAAGAAAUUUGCUGAUGAAUAUCAAAAACUUUAUGAUGAUGAUAAUAAUAAUGAAGGCAAUUCAUACAAUAAAAUAUUAAAUGUUUUAUCAAAUUAUUAUAAUAAUUUUGGGAAAGGCACUGAUUAUAAUAAUACAUCAAUAGAUCGUCCUAAAUUACCAACAAAAAAAACACCCAAAAUAGUUGAUGUAGAAAAUUCUAGUGCAACUAAAGCAACUGGAUCAUCGAGUGAACCAAAUAAAUCAGAUAUUACAACGAAAACUCCAAGUCCUAACAUUAAAUUAUCAGACUCAUCACUAGUAAAUAAAUUAAUUAUAGUUUUAUCGAUAUUUUCUGCAACACUAAUUUUCUUUGGAAUUGCAUAUAAAUAUUCGUUAUUUGGAUUUCGGAAACGAUCACAAAAACAACAUUUAAGAGAAAAGCUAAAAAAAUAA